GACGUCAUUCCGUUCGAAACAACAAAAUAUUAUCAAUAAAGUGCUGUUUUGCGUAGAACUUCUGUGGAAAAAAAUUUUUUUAGACGAAAUUUUAUUAGAUAUUUAACACUAACCUUAAUUAAGAUCAAUUUAGACGACCUUUGACGACACUCGCAGCAAUGGGUUCGAUUUUUUCAUCGCCAAGUUUCCAUGAAACAUUCCGCAAGAACCAAGAAUAUAUCUCCGAAAUGAAUCGAAUUAAGAUGGAACGCUGGAUUCAGAUGCACUACAUGAUAAAACAGCGAGAAAUGGCAAAAGAAAUUGCGAAAAAUCGUGAACUUUUCUUCUGGCUCUCGGCUUUUUAUGGCGUCACAACUACAGGUCUCAUUUCACGGUUUCGUCGCUUGAAAAGACCCGCAAUUCUCGCUCCUCUUAUCCCGAUGAGCUUCGUUCUCGGGUAUUAUGCGGAUUUGGCGUACGGAACAAAGGUGCAUCGAAUUAAUGCCGAAGCUGAAAUGAUUAUGAAUCAUGAAGAGGAGUUGCUUGAAUGGCCCAGCGGAAUACCGACAGUGUCGGAAAUUGAUCAGGCACGUAUCGAAACUGACGAACGGGUCUUUUUGCAUCCGCAGAAUUAGAAAAAAAAUGCCUAAAAUGGUAGAAAAUCAAUACGGGAUAAUCAUGAUUUCACAAUAUUUACACAAGCGUUUGAUAGUAGAAUAGGAAAAGUGCAAGAUUUUUAAGUUAAGGGAGUCGAAAAAAAAUUUUGAU